CCUUCAUCAUUUUGUCCAUCUCCCUGAAAUUAUUAAAAGUUGAUGCCCUUCACCUCCUUGGAGACUACAGUAGUAAUUAAAGACCCACAUGGGUGUUGCGACGACAAUGGGGUUUCCAUUUCAGCCCUGCUUUGUUCUUCUAUUUGUUGCCAUAGCUUUGAUUUCUUUGGUGGCUACGGCCUCUACAGCCCGUCCCUCCCACAUGUCGACUGCCCUUCUCAUCAGAGUAGAUCAAUCGGGUAAAGGUGAUUUUAAAACUGUUCAAGAUGCUAUUGAUUCAGUGCCAUCCAAUAACUCGAACGUGGUCUUCAUAUGGGUCAAACCAGGAACCUACAGAGAAAAGGUUGUGGUGCCGGCCGGCAAACCAUACAUAACAUUGAGCGGUUCAAACCCCACUACCACCAUAAUAACAUGGAAUGACAGUGGAGUGAUAUUCCAGUCUCCAACGCUCUCUGUAUUGGCAACUGAUUUUGUAGCACGAUAUCUCACAAUUCAGAACACACAUGGUCCGGGCAGCCAAGCGGUUGCGCUGAGGGUAUCGGCAGACCGAGCAGCAUUCUAUGCGUGCAGGAUACUGUCUUAUCAGGAUACCAUCCUCGAUGACACAGGGAGACACUAUUACAGAAACUGUUACAUUGAAGGACAGACCGAUUUCAUAUGUGGAAACGGGGCCUCCCUCUUUGAAAAAUGCCACCUGCAUUCGCUUUCGGAGGGAGCUGGUGCUAUCACAGCACAACAUAGAGAGUCUCCGGCAGAAAACACUGGCUUCACCUUCUUGGGUUGCAGGAUCACCGGAGUUGGGACUGCCGUCUUAGGAAGGCCAUGGGGUGCUUAUUCUAGGGUGGUUUUUGCUCUCAGUUACAUAUCAAAUGUGAUAUUACCUCAGGGAUGGGACAAUUGGGGCGACCCAACAAAGCAAAGCACCGCAUAUUAUGGGGAGUACAAGUGCUAUGGAGCAGGGGCCAAUGUAUCAGGAAGAGUCGAAUGGUCACACAAUCUCUCAAAUGCCGAGGCCGCACCCUUCUUGACCAAAGACAUGAUCGGUGGUCGAGGAUGGCUUAGGCCAUCGCCUACCCGUUUCAUCGGGAGAGCCUCGACCAAGGCUGUGAACGGAAAUAUAUAACAAAUAGCACGUACAGCAGCUAUAUAUGCUUUAUAAAAUAUUCUUAAUUUUUUGUCAUCUGGAUGCGAGAAUAGGUGGUUACAGUGUUACACAUUAAUUCAUGCAUUCAUGGUUGUCUUGGCCGUCGACUCAACUUGUUCAUAUCUGCUGUCACUUUCUGUCCAUACUUUAUUAUUUCGUAAAGUGAAAAAUUAAUUCU